UCACGGAACGGAAGGAUCUCGUUUCAUCUACACCAGGGGGGCGCCGCGCCGGUCGACCUGCAACUGCAAGUGCGAGGGAUCAUCGACUCCCCUUGGCUCGCUCCCCACGCCCCCCAGUCCCGAACCCCUCGAUCUCCGUCGCCGCCUCCCUACCAUUCUUCCCCACCCUCUCGAACCUUCCAGAGCCUUCCUCCCGCCCCGAGAUCCCUCCCCGCCGAGAUCCCCGCGCCAUGGUGUCGUGACGGCGGCCAAGGCGCCAUGGAGCCCAUGUCCCCCGACGACCGCCCCGAGGCGGCGGCGGAAGCGCAGCAGCAGCCGCCGCUGGAGUGGCGGUUCGCGCAGGUCUUCGGCGAGCGCGCGGCGGGCGAGGAUGUGCAGGGAGUGGAUAUAAUCUCUGCAAUUGAGUUUGACAAAUCUGGCAGCCAUCUUGCCACCGGAGAUAGAGGUGGACGUGUGGUUUUAUUCGAAAGAACGGACACCAGGGAUAAUGCCAGUCGAAGAGAACUUGAGAGGCAAGAUUACCCUAUUGCUAGGCAUCCUGAGUUCCGUUACAAGACCGAAUUUCAGAGUCAUGAACCUGAGUUUGACUACCUAAAAAGUUUGGAAAUAGAGGAGAAGAUUAACAAGAUCAAGUGGUGCCAAACUGCUAACAAUGCACUCUUUCUCUUGUCUACAAACGACAAAACAAUAAAGUAUUGGAAGGUGCAAGAGAAAAAAGUUAAACGAGUUUCAGUGAUGAAUUUGGAUACCUCACAAAGUUCAGACAGUGGUUCAGCUUCAAGUUCGGGUACCAGUAGCUGCAGAGCUUUUCUUCCAAAUGGCGGAUGCUCGGAAAAGCUAUACAAUCCAAACAACAAUAUGUCAUUUCCUCCCGGAGGAUGCACAUCAUUGCGUUUGCCUGUGGUGGUUACAGACCAAGAUUUGAACCAUGUCUCCAGAUGCCGACGUGUAUAUGCACAUGCUCAUGAUUAUCAUAUUAAUUCCAUUUCAAAUAAUAGCGAUGGCGAAACAUUCAUAUCGGCAGAUGACCUGCGAAUAAACCUGUGGAAUUUGGAAAUUAGCAAUCAGAGCUUUAACAUUAUUGAUGUGAAGCCUGCAAACAUGGAGGAUCUAACCGAGGUGAUUACAUGUGCGGAGUUCCACCCAACUCAUUGUAAUACACUAGCAUAUAGUAGCUCAAAGGGUUCUAUCCGGCUUAUUGACCUGCGGCAGUCAGCACUGUGUGACAACCAUGCUAAGCUAUUUGAGGAGCAUGAAGCACCUGGUUCCAGAUCCUUUUUUACAGAGAUAAUUGCGUCAGUUUCGGAUAUAAAGUUUGCAAGGGGCGGAAGACACAUUCUUAGUCGUGAUUAUAUGACUCUCAAGUUAUGGGAUCUAAACAUGGAUUCGGGGCCAGUUGCAACUUUCCAAGUUCAUGAAUACCUAAGACCGAAGCUUUGUGAUCUAUACGAGAAUGAUUCAAUUUUUGACAAAUUUGAAUGUUGUCUUAGCGGUGAUGGAUUUCGUGUUGCAACCGGUUCUUAUAGUAAUAUAUUUCGUGUUUUUGGUUGUGCUCCUGGAAGCAUGGAGGCAUCCACUUUGGAAGCCAGCAGAAAUCCCAUGAGGCGUCAGGUGUCUAAUCCAGCAAGGCCUACACGGACUCUGACCUCUUUGACCCGUGCUGUGAGGAGAGGUGGAGAAAAUCCAGGCGUUGAUGCCAAUGGAAAUUCUUUUGACUUAUCAACAAAAUUGCUUCAUCUUGCAUGGCACCCAACUGAGAAUUCCAUCGCGUGUGCUGCUGCAAAUAGCUUGUACAUGUAUUAUGCAUAGGGAAUGUGCUAGAGAAAAUUGGUUGUUUGCUCAAUAUGGAAGCCUUGGCCUUUCACAUGCAUCGAGGGAUAUGGCGUAGGAGAUUGUUAUCAAUUCCUUGAUUGGGGCCAAAAAGAGGCAGUCAGCUACCACAAGAUUACUUCUCUCGCUGCCAUGACAGGAGCAUGUACUCUGAUCAUAUUGAAGUUUUUGGUCCCAAGAUAUGAUGACUGUAGCUGCCUUGUAGCGAAAUCGGCAGUCGAAGGAUAAAGCAGAAGAAGAUAGACGAUGACUGAUGCUAAUUCCACCAAAGGUCACAGGAAUAUCUGUUUACGAGUCACAAAGGUUUUAAGUACCCCCCCCCCUCCCACCAACAUGUAAUGCAACCUAGCCAAGGCUAACUAUCAGUUGUCAUGAACCAUCAGAUCGUUGAGCUUAAAGAUUUAUCACAGCUAUUGUAGUUAGUGCCCGCUGCUGUUCUAUUCAUUGGAUAGUUGAAAUAAGUAAGGUCCAACCUGCUUGUGAAUUAUGACCCUGUAUGUGCUGGUCAUUGAUAGUACCCAUUUUCACGAAUCCAUCGAUUUGCGACAACAGGUCAUGAUACCAUUCGCUGGAAUCACAAUAUGCCUAGCACACUUCAUGAUA